GGACAGAGGAGGGUCGCGUUGACUGCUGUCCGCGGGCGGGAAAAUCGAUCGAUACUUCGCACGAGCGACAGUGUGUCUCGUGUCGUGUUGGGGUAGCAGUGGCUUAGCACUACGUCAGUGAUGUUAAUUUGAUUAAACUUUCAAAUAAUUUUACCUAAAAAAUAACCAUGACGAUCUAUCCGUUCCUGUGCUUAGUGUUUGCUUUAACAGUGUCAGCUGAAUUUGUUUGGAAACACCAUAAUAAUGAGGAAUUACCAUUGAUUUUGGAAGAAGUUCACGAUAAAUGCCCUAACAUAACUAGAGUUUAUGCUCUGACUGAACCAUCGGUCUGCAAUGUUCCUCUUUAUGUUAUCGAGUUCUCUGAUACACCCGGAUUCCACCAGCCUUACAAACCCGAAGUAAAAUAUGUUGGUAAUAUUCAUGGCAAUGAAGUUCUUGGUCGGGAAUUGCUCUUGGGUCUUGCUCAUCACCUCUGUGAUCAAUACCUGAAGAAUGACCGCCGCAUCAGAGCACUGAUUCACAGCACCCGUAUUCACUUGUUACCGUCUAUGAACCCAGAUGGUUGGCAACUGUCUACUGAUACCGGUGGACGAGAUUACUUGAUUGGGCGUAACAAUAACCAUUCCGUGGACUUGAAUAGAAACUUCCCGGACUUAGACACCAUAACGUUUGAGUUCGAGCGCCAGGGCAUUAACCAUAACAACCAUCUGUUAAAAGAUGUGACCCGACUGGUCGCGCCGUUGGAGCCCGAAACCCGCGCUGUGAUGCGAUGGAUCAUGUCGGUGCCCUUCGUUCUGAGCGCGGCGAUGCAUGGCGGCGACCUGGUGGCCAACUACCCCUAUGAUGAGAGCAGGAGCGGGGCUCCUGACUCUGAAUACUCUGCGAGUCCUGACGAUGAUACGUUUAGGGAAAUAGCCGCAGCGUACGCUUCAGCCCACGCCGACAUGGCUUCGGCCACCCGCCGCGGUUGUCGCACCAACAUCGCCGACGAAUCUGGCUCUUACAACUUCGGGAAGCAAGGAGGCGUUACCAAUGGAGCAGCUUGGUACAGCUUGAAAGGAGGAAUGCAAGAUUUCAAUUACCUGGCUACGAAUGCGUUUGAGGUUACUCUGGAGUUGGGAUGCGAAAAAUAUCCGCACGCGAAGGACUUGGCGAGGGAAUGGGAGAGGAACCGCGAGGCGUUACUGACUUACCUGUGGAAAGCCCAUAUCGGUGUCAAGGGAAUUGUCAGCGACGACACCGGUUUUAUACAGAAUGCCAUCAUAUCCGUGGUGAACAUUACCGGACCGGUGCCUCGACCGAUCCGACACGAUGUGACAACAGGUGUUUACGGAGACUACUACCGCCUCCUGACUCCGGGCCACUACGAGGUGAUGGCGAGCCACCCCAACUACUUCCCGGUGUCGCGCGUGGUCACCGUGCCCGAGCAGCAGACCUCCGUGCACGUGCUCAACUUCAGGCUCGAGCCUACCUCCAGCUGGUUCGACGACGAGCCGGCUCUCGGAUUCUACCCGCAUCCAUUGGCCAAGCGCCAGCCGCGCAUCUACAAACGCUCGGUCUUCGAGCACGUCGCCAACUCCAUACUCGAGCACAAAGGCAAGAACUAACCAACUAACUAAACUUUAGCCUGACACUAACGCAAUUAUGAUGAUAUAGUAUUUUAAUAUUACGCAACCCACAUCAGCACUAUCUUUCAUAUCCGUUUAGCGUAAGUUAUUCUCAGAUAUUGAUACUUUUGGAUAUAAUAGGGGAUCGGAUUACAUUUUCAAAGGAUUUAAUAAGACAUCGAUUUUAAAAUUGUGUGCGAAAAGCUGGAAUUUUCGUUUAAGUAUUUUGAUUUGAUAUUGCAAGAACAUAAUUAUGAGAAACAGCAUUUUGUUGACAGGCCAUAAAAGUACCUCAAUUGGCUGGUGGUGUGGUCUCUGAUCCCCUAUUGAGUUAUUUUAUUGAAUUUAAUUAUAAUAAACAUGUAAACGUUACCAUUAUUGCCUAGGUUAUUUUAAGAUAUUUAAAUUUUUAACCAGCGUUUUAAAUUUGUGAGGGCAUUUUGCAAUUAACAUUCCAAUUGAAUAGAUUCUUGUGCCAUAUGCGACACGUACAACUAUUAUACCAUUAUUAGUUUGUUUAUUUAAACAUAUAUUAUUUAGAAAAAUAUAUUAAUUUCGGUAAAUUUACAACUAUACUAACAGUUGCCACUUUCUAGUCUAAACCUUUUAGUAAUAUUUACUGUUUUUAAUGUAAACUAUAUUGAUAUCUGUAUAUAGGUAUUUGUAGUUCGACGUAGAUAAAUGUAUUUAAUAUUAUCCAAUUUUAUGUAAAUUACUUUUAGUUUUAAUUGUAAAAAAUGUAAUGGAUUCUAAAAAUUGGCAGCUAACUUUUCAAAAGUGAAGAACCAUUACAUAUCACGAAACUUUUUUGAUUGUAUUCUUUAGUUAAACCUUCAAAAUUUUUGAUUAUUUUGUGUCUUAUCAAAUAAGAUCAUUGAUGAGAUGAAUUCUGUGAUAUAAUUAUUUUUGUAAUUGUGAAAAUAUAAAAAAAAACUCAGUAAUUCAAA